AUGGCGCCGCCGUCAUCCUCGAGCGGGGGCACCACCUCCGUCCAAGUCGCGGUCCGGAUACGACCCACGACGACCCAGGACACCACCUCCAUUCCCGCCAGGUUUCAGAGGCCCGUUGUCAGCGCGCCCUCUCCCAACACCGUUACUGUCGAAGCUGGCCCUGGCGGUUCCACGUCCGGCUCUACGCCCACGGCUGCGCUCACCGCGUCCAAGAAGCAAGCCUUCACGUUCGAUCAAGUCCACCCACCUUCUACCACUCAAUAUGCUAUGUUCACGUCGACCACCGAACCGCUUAUCUCGCGCUUUGUGGAAGGAUUCAACUGUACUGUUCUUGCGUAUGGGCAGACCAGCAGCGGCAAGACUUUCACCAUGACCGGCGUCGACCUCGAUGCCGACCCGUCCGACCCAACUAACGGCAUGGGCAUAAUUCCCCGAGCAGUGUCUACAAUCUUUCAACGCUGCCGGGAGCUGAAAGAGGAGCGUGGCAGUUCCUGGAACUUUUCGCUGAAGGGUUCAUUCAUCGAGAUAUACAACGAGGACCUCAUCGACUUGCUGAGUAUGGACGAUGUUUCCGGAGGGAGGAGAGAGGUACAAAUCAGGGAGGACAAGGACGGCCAUAUAAUCUGGAGUGGUCUGCGGGAGGUGUCGGUGAAGAACUCCAACGAAGUUAUGAACCUGAUUCGACAGGGUGCUUCCAUUCGACGCACCAACGAGACGGAUAUGAACGCGCAAUCAUCCCGUUCGCAUGCAAUCUUUUCCCUCACAUUGACGCAGAGGAAAUUUACUGGUUCGGGCUCGCCUCCUCGAUCGGCAUCUCCUCAGCCGCCUGUUGCUGGCGGUCGUUCGCCUUCGCGUCUCGCCCGCCCAGGGUCUGUCUUCGGUAGCCCCGGAGGAUCCAGACUUUCGCAGCCACCGAGACCCAUGACACCCGGGUUCAGCAGCUCCAUCAAGAGUCCGUCGAGUCUGCGGCCCGCUAGUUCGCUUGGUUUCCGCUCGAACGAGGAUGAAGAGCGAGGGGAAUGGAUCACUAUCGUCUCUAAGUUUCACUUCGUGGAUUUAGCCGGGUCCGAACGCCUAAAACGGACUGCUGCUCAAGGUGACCGCGUCAAGGAAGGCAUUUCCAUCAACAGCGGCCUUCUCGCCCUUGGAAACGUGAUCUCAGCACUCGGGGAUCCUGCGCGAGCCAAGUCUCAUACAGCUUCGCAUAUUCCCUAUCGGGAUUCUAAACUUACGCGUCUUCUGCAAGACUCAUUAGGAGGCAACGCUCACACGCUCAUGAUCGCUUGUGUAAGCCCUGCCGAGUACAACGCCGGUGAGACCAUCAACACGCUCAAGUAUGCUAAUCGCGCGCGGAACAUCAAGAAUCGCGCCGUGGUCACGCAGAAAGAGGAGGGCUGGGACGACAUUGAGUGGCUGCAGAACAUGGUGACGAGGCUAAGGGGCGAAGUCAAGGCUAUGAAGGACGGCGGUGCUACGCCAGCGCAGGGCGCUCCGGAUGGUGAUCGCGAACACGGUGAUAGCACGAGCACCAAAAAGGUGCUCGCUCAGAUGGUGGACCUUCAGAGCAACUACGAGGAUCUCCGCGAGAAGUUCGUCGAGCGCACGGAGGAGCUCACGCGCCUCCGACGCGAAUUGGCGGAGAAGCAGCGCGCAUCUUCAGCGCCCUCGGGCACAGCCAAAUACGAAGAGAUCGUUGGUCCUGUCAUUGAGGAAUACGAGAAGACCAUCAGCGCUAUGGAAGCAGAGCUCAGCCUGAACCGGGCCGCUCUGAGGCAUACAAACGAGCUGGUGGAGGAGAAGGAGGAGGAGCUCGCGGCUAUCAGCGAGCGCCACGCAUCAACGGAGAUGUAUGUCGAAGAGCUGAAAGCGCGAGUCGCCAAGCUCAAUGAACGCGAAGCGUCCACCGAGGCAUACAUUCAUGACUUGGAAGAAAAGAUCAAGAACUAUGAUGAAUCAUCCGUUACCUCUUCUGGAUCCAUCACAGAUCUCCGGCGCGAGAUCUCUCGGUACAAAGACACCGAGUCCCACUCUUCUCAGUACAUCGCUGACCUCGAGGCUCGCUUGGCCCGCUCCGACGAAUCUGUUCUUUCGUUGCAACGAACCGUAGAGCAUCUCGAACAAGAGUGCGAUCGGAGGCGAAACGAGGCGGAAAUGCUGCAAGCCCGCUUGGACGCCUUGCAGAAGGAUGGCGAGAGCUGGAGGUCUGAUCUGGAGCAGCGGGAGGCAAGAGUGCGGGAGCUUGAGCUCAAGAUGGAGGAAUGGGAGGCGAAGAAGAACGAGGCCGCCGAGGAACGCCAGCGACUGGGCGAAGUGGUCGACGAAGUCAAGCAAGCUCGUAAAUCACUCGUUCGACGCAGUCUCCAGCAGGAGGUUGCGUCCACAUCCCACAUCCCAGUUGCUAAUGGAGACGCUGUGGAGGCCGACGACGCAACCAAAGCAAACUCUGCGAUUAAUUCCGCCCUGGAGCGCCAACUAGCCGAACUGCAGGAAACUCACGCAGCGACGCUCUCCGACCUAUCGUCUGUGUCUGCUAAGUAUCGCGAUGCUCUGCGGGAAAUUUCCGACUUAGCAGCUCAGAUCCAGGAGGCCAAGUUAAGCAGCCUGCCUGAGGAUGACAGCCCAGAGAAGCCGCUUGAGCAACCGAUCGUGUCUCGCCGCAGAAUGCCAUCGAGACAGGCUAGUGAUUCACCCACCGCCGCCCGGCGGCUUUUUUUCCGGCACGCGGCCUCGGCGGAAUCUCUCCACUCGAGGUCGCUAUCGCAAUCUGUUUCACUCUCGCAGGAGCUCUCCUCAGUAGCGUCGCGCAAAACUUCCUUCUCCAGCAACGGCUCAAGUAGUCCCCAUUCACCGCGCUCACGUCCCAACCUCUCGUUAUCACUUCCUUCGCCCAGCCACGAGCGGUCGAUAGCCAGCUUGGAAAAAGAGAUUAUGCGGUUGCAGGAAGUGCUGAGAGAUCGCGAAAACGAGAUCACCGUCCUGGAGAAAUCUCUGAAGGCGACGGAUGCUCCGAGGGACCUUGCUACUGAAGCUGGCCUGGGCACCGGUGUUGCGACGCCCCCAAUCGCAAAUGGUCAUGCCGAUGCGACCCUCUCCCCGGAGACGGAACAUAAAUUCGACACACUUCGCGAGUCGUUGGCCAACGGUCACGGCGGCGAAGCAGACAGCAGUUCUGCGUCGGAGGCGGAUGAGAAUCUGGAACGUUUGAAUGAAUUGAUGCGUUCGAUGGCGCAGAAGGAAUCACAGCAUCGCGAGACUGUCGAUGAUCUCACGACACAGUUAACGCAGAUCCGGCGACAGCAUGAGGAGCUUACCACGCUCAACCGGGAUCAGACGCUAAAUAUGGCAAGAGAAAUCGAAGGUCUUCAGCAAGAACGGGAACGUGAUCUUGCAGCGUUGAAGGAAUUGUCGGAACGUGAGGCCACUCUCAUUCAAUCUAUCAAGGACGCGGAAGCGAAGCACGCCUCGGAGGUCGAACAGCUCGGUCGCGAGCACGAAGAGGCUCUUCGAUUGAAGGAAGCAGAGGUCGAUGGACUCAUCACUCGACUAAAGGCGGAACACGACGACGUUGCGUCUGGGCUUCGUGCUCGUCUUGAGGAGGCAUCUGCUGCUCUGGAGAAGGCGCAUGCCGAACAUAAUGACGCCUUCGGAAAGAUGCAAGCGGAACACGAGGAAGAGCUUCGCCAUCGCGCUGAGGAAGUCGCCGCUCUGCUUGACAGGACUCAACGGGAACACCAAGAAGCCCUAGCCAAGAAAGAGAAGGAACACGAAGAAGCGCUUAAAGCGAAGGAAGAACAGACGGCGCAAGCACUGGCUCGUACGGAAGAGGAAUACUAUCUUGCACUGACUAAGCUCCGCGAUGAUCAUGCGCGUGCGUUGGAGAAGCAGGCGUCGGAGGCAGCUCAAACGCUUCAACGCCUUCAAGAGGAGCAUGACGCCCAGAUUCGAAUGGCCGACAUCGCCCGCCAGGUCACCCUCUCUGAAUCCGAAUCCUCUCAGACGAACGCUUUGCAGGACUUGCAGGAAGAGCACGCUUUGGCCAUCAGCAAGAAAGAGGCGGACUUCAACGAGGACAUCGCGCGCCUGAAGGCCGAGCAUUCCACGCAAUUAGCUUCUAAGGAAGACGAGCGCAUUUCCGCACUCCACAAACUCGAAGACGACCACACCUCUGCGAUCAAGCGCUUGCAGCAGGAGAUGAUCAAAGAGAUCGAGGAUCUUAAGGCCGCUUUGGAGAGCACUAAGCAAGAGUCGACGGAUUCGCAAGCGCGUGUGCGUGAGGAGACAGAGUCCGCGCUCCAGUCUCUCCGAGAGAGCCAGGCAUCCGUCCUGCAAGAGGUCGUUCGAGGCCAUGAAGAGGAGGUUGCGACCCUGAUAAACGCCCGAGACGCUGGCGUGGCCGAAGCGAAAGCCCAAGCGGACGAGGAGCUUUCUCGGCUGCAGAAGACGCAUGCCGAAGAGCUCGCGAAGGCAAGGGCGGAGCGCCAGCAGGCCGUUGCCGCACUCAACGCUGAGCUUGUUGCCAUUGAGGAGCGUCACCGAGAGGACCUCGAAAGCUUCCGCGCGCAGAGUGAGGAGCAUCUUGCGAACGAGCGGGAGCAACUGGAGAAGGUUAUCUUUGACCUGAAGGAGAUACAUGCCCAGGAACUGGACACACUCAAGAAAGACCACGAUUUGCUGGGUGAGGAACUUGCUUCUCACAAAGCCGCCGCGGAGGAGUUCGCGCUUGCGCGCGAAGCAACCCGUGCGGCACAUGAACGGUCCCUUAGCGAGCAACUCGUUAUGUCCAGCAGUUUACAGGAGGAGCUCGCUACCGUACAGUCCGACAAGACUGCUCUUGAGAUGGAGGUUGGCGGAUUACAAACGGAACUAACUACCGUUCGCGAGGAGAAGGCUGAACUUGCGAACGAGGUCGCCAAGCUUCGGGCCGAGCUUGCAGAGACCCAGAACCAACAAAUGUCUCUGAAGAAAGAAGUCUCGAAUCGGGAUUCUCUCGCCAAGGAACUCGAACAGCACCGCUCCCUGCUUGCAGAGGUCCAGGAGAGCCUCCAGCGCAUGCGGGACGAGAAAGACGCCAUACAGUUAGAGAAGAACCGACAGGACUCGCUGGUUCGCGAGCUGGAGGCUCGUAUCGUUCGCAGCUCGUCGCCCCACGAAGCCGUGCGCCAGAGAGCGACGACCGGUGUCCCACCUGCGAAGCUCCCACCUCUGUCUCCGCCGCCGAGCAUUCCUCCUCCACCCGCACCGAGAAGCAUCGUGGCCUCCAUCUCGACUGGGGGUGAUGUCUCACCGGUGACUUCGAGCAUCAUCACCGCCUCUUCGACUCGGGAUUCCUCCUUCGACACGCCCGCCACAUCCGUUUCGGGCUCCGUCCACGGCCAUCCGAUAGCGGGUCUUCCUACCGCGCCCGACGCUAAGCUGAUGGCCAAGGUCGAGGAGCAGCAAAAGCUACUCGACGAGCAACAGAAGCGGGUCGAUGAACAGCAGAAGCACAUUGAAGAGCAGGAAGCGAUGAUCAAGACGCUGAAUAAGCAGCUGACUCAUUGCGAGGGCGAUCUGCAGACUCACAUGGACCUCGUCAACACCCUAGAGGCUUCGCUUGGCGACGCCGAAAAGAACCUCCGGAAAGCUCGGAUGCAAGCGACGGAGCUCGCCCGGGAGCGGGACAUACUGAACGGCCAGGUCGACAGUCUCAGACGAGAACUGGCCGACGCCAAGCGCGAGGUUACGAAUGUCCGGCAGUCGAUCGUCGAGGAGAAGCAAUCGCUCGAGAGCCGCCUGGACGAGGAGCGCCGUCAGAAGGAGCGCGCACGGGCUCAGCUCGACAGUCGCAUGGCGGAGCUCACCAAACGCAAAUCCAAGUUUGUGUGCAUGUGAUCUUACCGCUCCUCCUCCCUCUUUCGUUCUACAUGCCUCUCCGUCUCUAUUGUGGAAUUCCGAUCCUCUCAUGUCCCUUUAUGCCCUUGCUGUUCAUCAGCAACAUGCCUCCUCCUCCUCCUAUCCAUAAUCCUCCGACCAAUAGCUUCUUCGGGGGCCCUCGUGGUGUGCUCGGCGGACCCAGGGGGUCCGUGACCCUCGCUAGAGCGGAACCGCGCGACGAAUCUUGGUUUUCAUUCCUCCUUUCCUUUUCAGUUAUCGACGUGUGUGAUAUAUACUUUGCGGCCUGACCCCGCCAUCGACGCUCUCUACAUUCCAACGUUUUCUCCAGUCCUAGUCCAUAGUUGUUAUUUACUACUUUACCCCUCCGUAAGCAUUCCGAUACCCUCCUCAUUCGGAUUCCGAUCCCCUUGAUCUGUCCUGUUACUAGGCACAUUCGUUGCACUCCUUACCUACUGCCGUACUACUUACAUACUUGUUUCUUUGUGGAGCACCAUAUGCUAUCAUUAUUCACCGCUGAAGAUGUAACAGCU